AUGCCUCAUUUGACUUUUGGGAGCUUGCAGCUCCGCCCUCUUUGUCUCUCCUCCUCUGCUCUUCUCUUCAUGACUUCACACCACCAACAUUUUGAUGAAUGCUUUUUGUGUCUUUGCAUCAUGAUCUGGUUUCUUUAUGGACUGUGCGCGUUAACGCUGCUCCACGUGUCAGUCGCUGUUUCCCGCGAGCUCGCCAUCACCCAGAAGCCGCGCUUCUACGGCGUCAGGCCCGGCCGCUACGUCACCGUCUACUGCGCCUCAUCCCAUCAGCACCUGCCGGCCGAGGUGCAUUGGUACAAGGCGGACCGCCAUGACCAAGAAGUCGCUCAAUGGCGACUGCUCGAUGACGCUAUGACUCGUGAUAAAGACCUCACACUCAACGCCUUCCUCAUCCUCCAUGAUUUGAGCUUCGAGGACAGCGGGGUCUACUUCUGUCGCAUCAACAAGACGUGGGGGAGCGGCACUCAGCUGCAAGUUGCUAGGCCCAUCAACCGAGCACAGGCAGUACGUCGAAGCAACGUGAAAGACGCCCUUAUGGUCGUCCAGGGCCUGAUGCUGGCCGUCAUCGUGGCGCUUUUACUUCGCCGUAAUGGCAAAAUGUUGAAAACUAAAGAGCACAUCUACGAGGAGCCCGAAAUCGAACACAUCUACGAGGGCCUGACCAUCGAGGCGUGCGGAGGAGGGGAAUUGUACGAGGAACUGACUGUUUACGCCUCCACGGAUGACUGCGACGAGGCCCCGUGGGAGUGACGUCACGGUUAUUGUUGUGUGCGUGCUAUCAACGAAAUACGAUGCCAUUUUAUUACACUCAGAAAUAUUUUCUUUAAAUCCAAAUGUAAAUUAUAGCUUCACAUCUGAUCUUCUCCCAGGCCUCCGGGCUGUUCUUCUGCAGACAUUGUACGACAACUACUUACUUAGUUUUUAGUAUUUGCAUAAACAUAUUGAUUUAUUAUAGAUAAACUAACAUUUUGUAUUAGGACCUCACUUGAAAGUUUCUUGAAAUAAAGUUUUUUGUUCCAGCGUU